AUGCAGCGCGCUAAGGGCGCACACCGGUCAAACGCACCAUCACCACCGUCGACGGCCGGGAGCUCUGAGGGAAACGUUUCGGGUUCUGAGGACUCCAGUUCAAGAGCGUCGUCGUGUCUAGUGACGGAUGCGAGGACACUGAACCGUUUGAACCUCGGUCAGUCCCAUGAUCCCGUAGCUUACGAGUCACGACACGGAAACGUGGCCUGGAACGCUGGCGGCUGCGAGCACUCUCCCGAGAGCUGGGUGAAGCGCUCGCGGCACAUUGGCGUCGGAGUCGGCGUCGGGUUUUCUUCACAAACAGUGGGAACGUUGGACGCACCAGACCGAACUGAAAAAAGCGCAGCCGGGUGCACACACACGACGGAGUGCCCGGAGGAACCGACGUUUGCGGCACCGGGACGCGUACAGCCGCGUGCGGUACCGCUGGCGUCAGUAGACGCGGACGUCCAGCGAUCCGCUUCUGUCGGUGAUCACACAGACGCCGCUGGCAGCCAGCCGCAGCACCGACAGGUGGUCGAGCGCGCGGCGGCAGCGCCCCAGCAAGGACCUGCGGGCACCGCAGUUGACCGAACCUGUGAAGGAAACACGUUCGGCGCCGAAAACGGGAAGGACUCGAUGGAUUCCAGUGGCUCCGGAAGCAGAUACGCAACCCGAAUGCGCUUCCAGUCGAUUCCGGUGUCUGGGAACCUUCGUUAUCUUAGUGCGGGCCGGGCUGGCCACGCUAUGGCUUCGGUUGACAACCGCGUGUACAUCUUUGGCGGGCAUCGGAGCGCGACUGGAACACCAGACCCAGACACCUUGCCUCCACCAGGACUCUAUCGGGUUACAACAGAUGGACAAAAAAGAUAUACGGUGCAUUUUUGCGAUCUAAUAGAACUUGAUGGCGAAACUCGUCUUUGGCGCUUGAUGAGCAAUGCUGCUGACGAGCAGCCGGCACCACGACGCCAUGCGACCAUGGUGAGCUUCGAUGGAUCCCUGUACGUUUACGGAGGCUUUGAUGCGGAGAAUCAUGUGCUGGGAGAUCUUUGGCGCUUCGAUUUGCAUUCAGAGCGACGAUGGGUGCUGGUAUCGUGCCAGGGCAGGGCGCGAGCACCCGGCGCACUGUUGGAGAAUGUCGGGCAUGCCGAGCACCGUGCGACCGAGACCGCCUCUGACGCAGCACUAGGCGCGGCGACAUCCAUCUCAUUAGCUCGCGUUCCAACAGCAGCAGCUGCUGCAACAACAACAACAGGUACGUCCAAUGUCAGGGGAUCUGAAGUACGAUUCAGGGCGGUCGAACGCGGCCAAUCCAGGUCAGGGCGGCGCGAAAGCUUCCGAGCUCCACAUCCGUCGAUAGGUGCUGGGCUCAGCGCAACCCCCGAGCACGCCACUUCUGUACAGAUGAUCCCAUUGCCCGAAGGUGGCCCGACCUCGGGGCGUGCUGAGCACUCGGCAGUGACCUAUGGCCAUUUGAUGAUCGUUUUUGGUGGUUACGAUGGACGUCGCAAGGUCAACACCACUGCUGUCUGCGAUCUGCGUUCCGGCAAAUGGUUUUGUCCACGUGCGCUACAGGAGACGAUGGCAACUGGUCGCCCUGGGAUCGAUUACCCACAUCGGCGCUGCAAGCAUUCCGCAGUUGUCUACGACGAUACGAUGUAUGUUUUCGGGGGCUUUCAGUAUCGCAACAAGCUCAACUAUGGAUGUUCUGAUCUUUUUGUGCUGAAUUUAUGCACCUGGUCCUGGCAUUGUCCGGUGCUGAUGCACGGCGGUGGACCGCAGGCGGUUCACGGCCACUGCGCGGUCGCCGGUGCCGGUGCCAUGUACGUUUUCGGCGGCAAGGUGCGCCUCGAUGCCACGCAGCGCGCCGCACAGCCGGUGCUUGCGGAGCGGCCCGAACAUUCGCUACCGCCUCAUGCAUUGACGAGCGCUGUAUCAGCAGACACGUCACCUACCCCGUCAGAGCUGCGUUCCUCAGACCUGAGUCGAGAUAUUUGGAAAUACCACUUUCACCUGAACAUGUGGCAGCGAAUCGCACUCGAUGAGCUCACGGAGGCGUCUCUGGGUCAGGCCUCGGCAGAGCGCGUGCGCGUCGAGCUGCAUCCGAGGCAACUGGCGAGCGCCGCUGUGGUGGCACCCCGCGAUCCGCUACGCUGUUCCAUGUAUCUGUUUGGCGGGACAAACAGAGCCAAAGAUCGCUUCUUCGGAGAUAUGUACGUAUUUUAUGGUCUUGGUACCGACCGUGGUGACGUCCUGCAACCGUGUCGAUUUUGCACUGAGCUCGGAAAAGCACUCCACGAGCCGACCCUUGCUGAUGUGAUCUUCGAGGUUCCCGAAUCCCUGGACGCGCUCCCCGAAGAGGAUCAACCCGCAGGGCCCGCUGUGGCAACAGCGCACACAGCGUCGCCCGUAGACGCUCGAUGCGAUCGCAUCGACGCCAGCAAUGCAUGCGUGCAAGGCGCGACGAGCGCACGCACCCGCCACGUGUCCGCCGCCAUGAACGCUGGGCAAUGCGCCGCUGGGUUCCCGCGUGAGGCGACGCAGCAGCGGCAGCGGCAGCAGCGCGCCUCACGAUGCCGCCUUUUCUACGCGCACCGGGUGAUCCUGGCUGCUCGAUCCGAGUAUUUUGCAGAUAUGUUUCACUCGGGUCUACGAGAGUCGCUUCACGGGGAAUGGCCUCGCGUGAUCCAUUUACCGGAUGUAUCGGCACCGGUAUUUGAGGCAGUGCUGCGCUACUUGUAUACGGGCGAGUUGCCGGUACACGAUGCGCGCAUCGCUGCCAGGGCUAGUGGGCGCGCUUGUCACGAUAACGCGAUGGACGCUAGUGCGAUGCUUUCCGUGGCAUCGACGAGUGAGCGUGAUGGUCGGUUCCUGCUUGAAUGUUUGCGAACGGCAGAUAUGCUGCGUCUGGAUGAGCUGCGGAAUUUUUGUGUUGCGCUGGUUGAACGAGCCAUACGUCCUGAAAAUGUUGCGUUUGUCUUGGAAAUCGCCGCGCAACGUGAGGACGGCAUGGGCGGCCUCAAAGCGUAUUGCCUGGCGUACAUCACGCACCAUUUCGCGGAGGUGAUUGAAACCGCUGCCUUUCAAGACCUGUUACGACGCGAUCCCGCUGGACUUGGCAAGCACGUGUUGCAGGCGUACCACGAGUCGAUGACGGGUCCGGAUGCGCAGCGGCGCCCGCACAGCCGCUGA